AUGUCCGGUAGGCCUGCGCGUCCGCGCUACUCGGAGAGUGACGUCGCCGGAGCUUCUUCGACCGGCUCCCCCGUGCCACGAGCACCUUCGACGCGCACAUUUCGUUACGCCUCGGCGAGCCAUCUGGGAAGUCCGCCACCCGACUACUUGAAGCUCAGCGUGGCCGUAAGUGAUGAAGGGAAUGGUGCUAGAGGAUGCAUGCCGCAUCAUUAAGCGCAAUCUGGCCCACCUGGCUACACGCCGCUGACAGCCUGGUUGGUUCUUCCCUUUUCCUCCAGCCCACCGCAGCUCCUAGCACCGCUUCAGCACCUCUUCUGCCGCAUUCCGCACUCCACGCCAUCACGCAAGCGAUUCGCGCGUCUUUGGAUGACCAAUUGAAUGGUCGCCGUCAACCCCCGGUGCUCACCCAGGCGCAGAUCACUCACGCUGUGUCGGUCGGACUCGGCGAAGAUCGCAUCGCGAGCAUCGUGCGCGAUGCAGUGGCGCGGGAACUGAUCGCGAGUUGCAGCAAUCUUGCGCAAGGUCAAGCAGCAAGUGAAGCAGCGGCGCAGAAGCGCUUCCGAGGACUGGAGAGACUGCUACUCGCUUUGGUCCUUUGCAACGCCGCUUGGUGGAUUUACCACACUUUUUUGAGUGGUCCAUUCCAGCGAUGCAAGGACCUUCUCGUCAUACUUGGCGUGCUGGGAGCUCCUACGCUUAUGGUUCUCUACCCCGAGGAGGCGAUGCUCUGCUUCAAGCGUGGUCGACAGGUGUGCAUCGCCACGAAGGAAUACGUUUACAAGGUAGGACACUUCUGCCUCUGCCGCAUUCAUCGCUUCAUUUGACCAACCUCUCCUCGCUGCCCUCUACCUCAGGUAUUCACGAACGACUGA